CAACAACAACACCAACAACAACAUAUUGAUUCACCAAUAACAAAAUUCUUUUAUAAUUCAACAAUUCUUAUAACUGGUGGUAAUGGUUUCCUUGGAAAAAUUUUAAUAUAUAAACUUUUAAAAACAUUUACAUUAAAAAGGAUAUUUAUUUUAAUAAGAACAAAGGAUAAUUUAAAUAUUAAAGAACGUUUGGAAAAAUUAUUCAAUGAACCUAUUUUCGAUGAUAUACGUAAGAAUCAAGAAGAACUACUUGAAUUAGUACAUCCAAUAAGAAUCGAUUAUAAUUCAGAUGAAAUGUUUUCAAAUUCAGAUCGAAAAUUAUUAAUUGAAAAUGUAGAGAUUGUUUUUAAUUUGGUUGCAUCUGUUAGAUUUAAUGAGAAAUUAUCUGAUGCUAUUGGUAUUAAUCUAUUGGGUACCAAAAAAAUAAUAAAUUUAGUUGAGGCAAUGACACAUUUGAAGUCAUUUGUUCAUAUUUCAACUUUAUAUUGUAAUUGUAAUCGGAAAUUUAUUGGUGAAAAGAUUUACAAACCAAAUUUUGAUUAUAAAGCUCUCAUUAAGCUUAAUGAAACUUUAAAUCGUGAUGAAUUGGAGAAAAUUAAACAUUGUAUUAUUGGUACAUUACCGAAUAGUUAUACGUUAACGAAAAAUUUGGCUGAAUGUUUAGUAAAGCAUACAAUAUUUGGUAAAAUUCCUGUUGGAAUUUUUAGACCACCAGUAGUAAUGUCAAUAUAUAAGGAUCCAAUACCUGGUUGGACUGAUAAUAUUUAUGGACCAUCUGGUAUAUGCUUAUGGAUUGCAUGUGGUAUUAUAAGAUGUGCAAUUGGUGAUCCAAAUAAUCGUACUAAUAUGGUACCAGUAGAUUAUGUUAUAAAUGCAUUAAUAACAAGUGCAUGGGAUAUAUCAACAAGAUAUCAAAUGAGAAAAUGUGAGUCAAGUGAGAUACCUGUCUACAACUAUGUAUUCAAAUCAAAUAAUAUAACAUGGAAUCAGUAUAUAAGUUUGGCACGUAAGGGAUUUCAUGAACCAUUUGGUAAACAAAUGUGGUGCUUUUCUUUCAUAUUAUUUCGUUGGAAAUGGUUAUACAAAAUCGGUGAUUUUUUCCUACACAUGAUACCAGGAUAUAUUUUUGAUUUAAUUGCUCUUGCUCGAGGAAAACAGAGGAUAUUUAAAAAAUCUCAUGAAAAACGUGAAAAAAUCUUACAUACAAUGGGUUGGUUCAGUUUACAAAAUUGGGAUUAUUCAAAUAAAAAUAUUAUUGAAAUGUAUAAUAGAAUGACACCCAAAGAUCGUAAACUAUUUGAAUUACAUUGGGAUACAAUUAAUUGGUCAGAAUAUUUUAAAAAUUAUUUAAGUGGAAUACGAAAAUAUUAUUUAAAAGAAAAAAAUGAAAAAUUGGAAAAACGUAAAGCAAUGAUGAAAAUGAUUAGUUUAAGUAUUUCGCCGCCCCAAUCACUUAAUAAUUUAUGUUAA